AUGAAUUGUCCAGCAUGUGGAAACCCAACUUCUUUUCAAAGGGCAAAAAUUCUUUUCAAAUGCACCAAAAGAAGGUGUAGAAAGGUCGUAAGUGCCAAAAAUGGAAUGUUUUUCGGUGGUCAGCGUCUUCCUUUUGGUGAGAUUCUUCACAUGGAUUACCUAUUGUUGUGUAAAACUUUAGUAACCUCAAUAAAAAGUCAAUGUGAAAUCAGUAGCACGACUGUUUGCUCAUUUUUGAGCUAUUUCCGUCAACUUGUGGCAGAUGCCUUAACAACCGAAGAAUGUGUUAUCGGUGGAGAAGGCAUCAUUGUGGAAAUAGAUGAAACCAAAAUGGGCAAACGGAAGUACAAUAGAGGGCACUCCGUAGAUGGUGUCUGGGUUGUAAACGGUGUGGAAAAGACGGAGAAAGGACGCGUUUUUGCUGUUUCUGCUGAAAAACGGGACAGUGAUACGCUUCUUGACGUCAUAAAGAAGCACGUCAAACCUGGCUUCAUCAUCCAAACUGAUCUAUGA